CACUCGCACCAGAUUCUGGAGCAAACGAUCUCACUCAUUCUGGAAUCUGUGACGUGCACGUAUCUCGCCGCAUCAACCGACAUCAAAUGUUGGCGAGACAGAGACAGAGAUAGACCUGCUUUCUAUGCACAAAAGCCUCGAACUCCACCCGUGUGCGCACUGUGCUUGAGUUUUGUGGUCGAGGCCCCCUCUUCCUCUUCGCUGCAUCAUCUCGACUCAUGUGCAUCCGCGUGUUUCUCCCCAGCUCUAUACCCCUGCCAGUGCAGUCCCAAUUUUUGGUGGGUCUGUUAGGUCUCACACAUAUUGAAUUGAGACUUAGACGUUGUUGCAAGUUGAGGUGUUGAGUGUACCAAUAGAGGAAGAUAGAUAGCUUGAAGUGGUCCACUUCCUUGCCUCCGUUCAAUUACUAGGUGGAGCGGAAGAGUUUUUACGAUUUCAAAUAGUUGUCCAAUCUGUAGGUGGGUUGGAAGUACUGGGUUUUGCGCCGCUCUGGGGUGCAGUGAUCAAUCAGGCAGUCUCAGGUAGUCAGCGUCAUAAACCUCAAGUGACAGGUGAAACAAAAAUUCUAGGGAACAAAUAUCCUAGGGUGUGGAAUUUGCAAGAUGGUUGCUAAAGCACAAAGUGCUUUUUAAUUAGUUCCUCAAGUUGCGAAUUGUAAGAGGUUUUAUUAUUGGAGGAUGCUGAACUCCCAUAGCUGGAACUAGGCCGGAAUCCUUGGGCGUUGCUAGAUUCGACAUUUGCUGCCAUAACCCGAACUGACAGACUUCAUCUAUCCCACUCGCUAGUCUGAAGAGAUGUCUCUCUCGGCAUCAAGCCUCCUGAGGGAUGGAUGCACACAAAUAUUACUGAGCACACGUGUAGGAAAUAAUGGCCACCACAGGAGUAAAAACAGAGUGUUCAAGACAGGAUGCCGAUGUGAAAUGAAGAGCGAUGUGGAAGUCGAUGAGAAGAUGUGUAGUGUAAGUGGGCAAAAGUCUGUGUUGUCUCAGUCCUCGAAGAAAGAAUGUGGUGGACCUGCGGAAGCUGCUCGGCGCGCCGUCAACGAUGCUAUGUUGAUGUGUGCAGCUGCGCAGAACAUUGAUGAACGAGCUCGCAAUGAUUUUCUGUUGCUUUCACGAGAAAUAUUGCGACUGGACAUGAGAGCUCGUGAGGGUGUUGCACUUCUGGGCUCAGGGUUUUUGAAACUUGAUGCUCGUGCACGAGAAGACGUGCUGAAGCUGGAUACUCAAGCACGCAGGGAUAUGUUGCGUCUUCGUCAUAUUGCUUUGGGGUUGACGGAGACUGCUUCUAUGGAACUAAGUAGUGCUGCUGAGGAACAUUGGAGUGACGGAGCUCUGGAUGCGGAUUUGCGCCUGGCAGACUUACGAGCUCGUCGUCGAGCUAUGGAAGACCUCUACGCUGCUGUGCUGGUAGUCAAGAAUGUUCACGAUGCUCUGGUCAGCACGUUGAAAACUAGGUCAAAUAAGCCUUCACAGGUAGAUGCUAGUAAGGAUAACGCAGAAAGGGGUGCAGCAGAAGAUAAUCAAGGAUUUAGAAGCUACCUGCGAAACAUCGAUCCGAUGGCAGAAGGACUAGUAGCAUUUCAGGAUGCAUACUGGAAGAUGGCGUCAGCGUUUGUUGAGGCAGAGGGCAUGGAGUGCACUGACCCAGAUGAGUUAGAGUUUAUCGUGGCUGCGUUGCUAGACAUGGAGGAGGUUGACGGUGGAAGUGGGGCGUUGUUAGUGACUGAAAUUGCAAGCUCUCCUGAUGUAGCUACUCGCCUUGCAUUGGCAGAUGCACUAGCUGAUGCACCAUCGUUAUGGACGCUUGGGAAUGCAGGCAUGGGCGCACUUCAGAGGUUGUCGAUGGACUCCAACCCGACGGUGGCAGCAGCUGCGACCAAGGCUAUCAAUGAACUUAAGUCGCAGUGGAGACAACAGGACCAAUUAAUUUUCCCCUACCGGCAGAAAGAUGAAGAUGAACCAGAAAUGGGGUUGUGAAUUGGGGGUUUGCAACAACAAAUUCGCUGUAUCAAGAGGAUUCAGUACACAUGUUUUCUUUGAUUUCUUCUGUAACUCACGCGGUCAAGUCUUAGUAACAUAUUGUGAUAUAUCGGAGCCAAUUGGUUCCACUCAUAUAGAUUUCAGCAUGUACAUUAGUGGCGAAUGUUUGUGCUACCAGAAAUGGCUUCUAAGCAUCUGCAAAAGCCUUCAGUGGUGGGUUGCGAAUCUUUUGUGUAUACGUAGUGGGAGAUGCUAAACACAUGUUAGUGUCCUGAUGCGUUUCAGUAAAGGCAUAUUAUGCCGACUAAAUUGGAUGUUCCUGGAGUCUGGAUUUGAA